AUGCUGCAAUCUAUUGGCUGCAGGCUUAGUAAAUUUCAGUCUGUGUAGUCCAAUAGAAAACCAGAGAGAGAGAGAGUGUGAGACAGAGAGAGACCUGGUUUCUCAAUCACUAAUCUUAUACGCGCAAUUCACUCUCGCUAUGAGAGCAAUUUGGUUCAGGAACGUUCCCAGCGCCUCUGCGAUGACUCAUUGAAACAUCUUCAGUGCUGUUAAAGCCGUAUCUUCAUUCUCCUCAUCUCACACACACCUCACACGCACACGAAGAAAACACAACCCAGGACGUGCUGCUUCACUCCCUCCAUUACACAUGGACUGCGCUGUCUUACUUUGGAUUUGCAGAGCAAGAGCUUGGAUGUGGAGUUAAAAGCAUUUUGCGCAUGUUGACUGCAGAUAAGCGGGAAGAUAGGACUGGUACGUGAGAAAUCCGUGCCGAGGAUAUUUGAUCACAGUGGAGUUCAGGUGUUGGGAGUGCUCUUGGCUUCCUCUGGACAUUAGUUAUACCACAACCACUGAUUUUCACACAACCUCUGAAGAUGGGGAGCUCUGAGAAAGCUACUGUAUUUGGCUGGUGCUCCUUUACUCAGCUCACAGUCUGAAGAGAAGCACAAAGAAAAUUGGAGGAGGGUGGGGGAGUUGCUGAGGAUCCAGAAGCACAACCUGCCAGUUUGAGGCUAUGCACAGUGAGAGCAUGUCAGUUCUUGUAGGCCAUCCAUGGAUGUGUUGCUCCAAGGCCAAGACCAGUCUUUUGAUGUGGACGGGGCUGGUGACCAUCUGUGUGGCUGCUGUUCAAGCCCAGCAGCAGCCUGUAGCCACCACCAAUUAUGGAAAAUUGCGAGGAGUGAAGGUUACGUUACCCAAUGAGAUUUUGGGACCAGUGGAGCAGUAUUUGGGGAUCCCCUAUGCAUUGGCUCCAACAGGGGAACGGAGGUUCCAGCCACCAGAACCACCCAUGUCUUGGCCGGGAAUUAGAAAUGCCACUCACUUUGCUCCAGUUUGUCCUCAGUUCUUAGAGGACCGCUUUUUACUCAAUGAUAUGCUUCCUGUGUGGUUUACUUCCAACUUGGAUACAGUAGUAAGCUAUGUGCAGGAGCAGAGUGAAGAUUGCCUCUACCUGAACAUAUAUGUCCCAACAGAGGAUGAUAUCCAUGAUGAGAAUGGAUUGAAGCCAGUCAUGGUUUACAUCCAUGGAGGCUCCUAUGUGGAGGGGACCGGCAACAUGAUAGAUGGCAGCAUUCUGGCGAGCUAUGGGAACGUAAUCGUCAUCACAAUCAACUACAGGCUCGGAGUUCUGGGUUUUUUAAGCACAGGUGACCAGGCAGCCAAAGGGAAUUAUGGUCUUUUGGAUCAGAUACAAGCUCUCAGGUGGAUCAAAGAAAACAUCUAUGCUUUCAAAGGAGACCCAAAAAGAGUGACCAUUUUUGGCUCGGGGGCUGGAGCGUCUUGCGUCAGCCUGCUCUGUCUUUCGCAUUACUCAGAAGAUCUGUUCCAGAAAGCCAUCAUCCAGAGUGGGACAGCGCUGUCCAGCUGGGCUGUCAAUUAUCAGCCUGCAAAGUACACCCAAUCCCUUGCUGAGAAGGUGGGUUGCAACAUGCUGGACAGCAUUGACCUAGUGGAAUGCCUGCAAAAGAAAAACUACAAGGAGCUAAUUGAGCAGUACGUCACGCCUGCAAAGUAUCACAUUGCUUUUGGGCCUGUGAUUGAUGGUGACGUGAUCCCAGAUGACCCACAGAUUCUCAUGGAGCAAGGGGAGUUUCUAAACUACGACAUCAUGCUGGGGGUCAACCAGGGUGAGGGGUUUAAAUUUGUUGAUGGCAUUGUGGACAGUGAAGACGGAGUGUCUGCCAACGAUUUUGACUUUGCAGUGUCAGACUUUGUGGAUCAUCUCUAUGGUUACCCAGAGGGAAAGGACACUCUGCGGGAGACCAUCAAAUUUAUGUACACUGACUGGGCAGACAAGGAAAAUCCAGAAACCCGUCGCAAGACCCUUGUGGCACUCUUCACUGACCACCAGUGGGUGGCACCAGCUGUGGCCACAGCUGACCUCCAUGCCCAGUACGGAUCACCCACCUACUUCUAUGCUUUUUACCACCACUGUCAAAGCGACAUGAAGCCCAGCUGGGCUGAUUCGGCUCAUGGUGACGAGGUACCAUAUGUGUUUGGGAUCCCUAUGAUUGGCCCCACGGAUCUUUUUAACUGCAACUUUUCGAAGAAUGAUGUCAUGCUGAGUGCAGUCGUCAUGACAUACUGGACUAAUUUUGCUAAAACAGGGGAUCCAAACCAGCCAGUUCCACAGGACACUAAAUUCAUCCACACAAAGCCUAACCGGUUUGAAGAAGUAGCCUGGACUAAGUACAACCCCAAAGACCAGCUUUACCUUCACAUUGGCCUAAAACCAAGAGUUCGGGACCACUACCGGGCUACAAAGGUUGCAUUCUGGCUGGAACUAGUUCCACAUCUUCAUAAUAUCAAUGAGUUUUUCCAGUAUGUAUCCACCACCACCAAGAUACCACCGCAGGACACCACCCCAUACCCUUACACCAAACGUUUUCCAGGGAAAAAUAACUGGCCAUCCACCACACGCCACCCAGGAGUCCCUUCUGCCAACACCAAGCAAUCCACAGACCAGCGUAAGAGUGGAGACCUGAGUGAGGAAUCAACUGUCAUGAUUGAGACCAAAAGAGACUACUCCACUGAGCUCAGUGUUACCAUUGCGGUGGGAGCAUCACUGCUUUUUCUGAACAUCCUUGCCUUUGCAGCACUUUACUACAAGAAAGACAAACGGCGACACGAGUCCAACCGACGUGAUCCAACCCCACAGCGCAACUCUGCCCCAGCGAACACUUCGUCCACGGCCAACGAUGUGGCACAUAUGCAUAGCGAGGAGCUGAUGUCCUUACAGAUGAAGCAGCAGCAGCUGGAACACGAUCACCACCAUGAGUGCGAGUCACUGCAGAGCCACGACACGCUGCGGCUAACUUGUCCCCCUGACUACACCCUCACGCUACGUCGUUCACCCGAUGACAUCCCACUGAUGACGCCCAGCACUAUCACAAUGAUCCCCAAUUCCCUAGCUGGCAUGCAGCCUCUGCACAACUUCAACACUUUUGGCGGAAGCCAGAACAGUACCAAUUUGCCCCAUGGCCACUCAACAACACGAGUAUAGCUGAGCUGGGUUGGAACGAAUCCAGAAGCCAGCACAAAGCAAAUAUGAGAGAUUGACUGUGGAAAGCACAGACCCUAAAGUCUAAGCAGAUGAUAUUUUGCUAUCACGCCUUCUUGAAAAGUAAAAAAUGGGUGCAUUGCUUAUAAACUUCUUAAGAAAUUCAGAAUGAAUGUUACUUAAGUAACUCUUUUUGAAGCAGAGCUUCAUAGAUGGUUUUACUUAAAAGAAAACAACCAGGAAUGACUGUUAAUAUCCUUAUAGUGGGCAAAAAAGUCUCUAUGGAGGUUUUUAAGCCAGAAUUACACAACCGAGGUGACAGGAACAAAGCUUCAUCUUUUCAUAAUACUUCCUGCAUCAGACACCAGACUUUGGCACAGAAUUCUACACCCCAGCCUGAUAUGUAUUUAUAAAAACUUUACAAAAUAUUUUAAAUUUAGAAAAGAAGAAGAAAACAAAAAGGGAGUAUAAUUGCGUGCAGAUUAAAAAAAUGUUUUUAAAAAGAUUUAUCAAAAAUACAAUUCAAAGAUUUCUUUUUAUUAUUGGUUUUGUUUUGGCUUGGAUGGUUUGUUUCAUUCUUCAUGUUUUGGCUUGUGCUUUUAGUUUUUGUGCGUGUAAAUAUAUCCCAAAAAAUAAUGUUCUUCAUUUUUCUGACUACAGCUUGUGUUUUAUUUGUUUUGUCUGAUUGACCAAAAUGCGAACACAAUCCCAUCAGAGGAGAUUUCUUCGGUUAAUCAUAUGCAGUACUGUCUUGUGUGUUGCUUGAUGUUAACUUUUUAAGACAUUAAAGGUCUGGAAAAGAGCUUAACUUGGCAUUUUCAGUCUAUCUGGAUCUGAACCUGUUCUGCUUCUGUUGCAUUCUUUGUGGAUUCUUUUUUUUUUCACUUAUUUUGUCUUGCAACCUCAGCUAUGUCUGAGCUUACAAUGUGACCAGCAAUGUAUCCUUUAGAAAUAAAAAAAGGCAGUGAAUUUUUGUAAUACUUUUAGUUGGAUAUGUUUGUAAAGACAUCUGUGUUAGAUAUUUCAAACUGUCAUAUGCUAGCAAUGUGUAAAAUAUUGUGACAGACUUGUGAUAUUUUGGUUUACAGAAGCAAGUGAAUGAGUGUAAAUAUUAAUAUUAAUUACUAUAAAAGCAAAAUAAGUACCCAUUAUUACCAUUUCCAUUUUGCAUCCUAUAUCAGGAAAAAAAGAAUUAUAUCCAGAAAAUUUUAACCUGCAUUUAUAAAUUGUAUUAAAAGGUAUAUUCUUGUCAUUUGGUCCCUAAACCAGUCAAGCUAACAAAGGUUUUUAUUGUAGUUUUAAAAUCCUCAGUUUGUCUUAUUUCUUUGCAGUUUUGCCUUAAGUGAUAAUAGACCUAUUUCUGGCUGGACCCUGUAUAAACUUUUUCUGCAACAUUUUUAAUAAAAUAUCACAGUAUUUUCUAAAAAAAAUAAAAUACAAUAAACAAAAGUAAGGAAGAA